AUGACCGCCGUCCACGCCAACGCCGCCUCAGGGCCCUCCACCCAGAUCGUCCUCGGCUCUAUGCAGAGGUCGGACGACUACCAGCACAUCCUCACAGAGCUCAAGUCUGCCGCCGGGCCCAUGGGCAAGGUCCAGGGCGAGAUGAUUGACCGUAUUCUGGAUAAUGCCACCUCCCUGCCCGCCGCUCCCCUCACAAUCCACCUGGUCAUUCCCCUCCCCCUUCCGUCCAAUCUUCUGCCGUCCAUUCCACCUUCUACACAACUCUUUAUCCAUCUUCCAUCAAAUAGCGAGCCGCAGCUCCCCUCGCUCCACUCUACCCUCGCCGCCCACCAGUUCACUCCCGUUCUGCCGACGCCUUCCGCCUCCAUUCUCGCCUACACUGCUCCAUCGGCCCCAUCACUUCCCACCGUCCCCUCUGUCCCUUCUCCCGCUCCUACAACAUCUGCCAUCCCUCUCAACGGGGGCGCGAGGCCUCUGCAGCUGCGCCGGAAUGGUGACAAGGCUCGGAAGGCCGCCCUGUGGGCUGUAGACUCUCCCAUCCUUGCUGAUGGCGGCAAGUCGCUCCUCACCCCUGCCGACCGUGCUCGCCCAGACUGUGUGUUUCCCAACGAGACGGGCAAGCCUGUCAAGCGGCGCAGGGCGUGCAAGGACUGUACCUGUGGACUGAAGGAGCUCGAGGAUCAGGAAGCAGAGCAGAGUGCAGCGGCCGUCAAGGAGGCUCAAAAGGCCUUCUUCUUGGAGGGCGACGAUGAUAUCCCAGAGGCGCUCAAGACAGCGACCGUCGGUGUGGAGGGGGUAUGGCCUGUGGCGAAGCGGGCAGAGGCCAAGAAGACUAGCAGCUGUGGCAGUUGCUAUCUCGGUGACGCCUUCAGGUGCGGGAGCUGUCCCUACCUUGGCCUUCCGCCAUUCAAGCCAGGAGAAAAGGUCUCGCUCUCCAUCGGCGACGACAUUUGA